AUGGAUGCAACUGAAAAGUGGGAAGCGUUAUUCAUGUCUGAAGUCAAAAAAUGUGGGGAGGUUCUGCAACGCCAUCACUGUUGCUCGGUGUGUCACAAGUACAGCAACCAAGGCCGCUGUUGUUUCUUGUUUCCGCAUGAAGUUGUUGACGCAUCUCACUUUGAUGAUCAGACAAACUCUGUGGUGCUUAUGUGUUGUGACGCAAACGUCAACUACUUCAAUCCUUACAUCCUCGUAUUCUGCCGUCACAAUCACGAUAUCAAAUGCAUUUUAUCUGGCAAAGGAGCGAAACCUGCUAUGUUCUAUAUCUCUGACUACAUCACUAAGAUGGAUGUGAAGACUUAUGAGGUAUUGUCUCUAUUA